CGGUAUGAUUCAUUGGACAAUACGAAGUCGAGUCUUUAAAUUUGAUGUUGUCUUAAUGGCAAUUCCAAAAGCUGAUGUUACUAUUGAGUUUGUUUUUCUAGGCAUGUGUCUGAAGAUUACAAGCAUCAGAUGGAAAAAUCAGGCAUCAUCUUCAGAGGUUGCUACGACAACCACCACUUCUGCCUUGCAAUUCUCUUCUCUUUUCUCUUCUGCUCUUUAUUCCUAUCUUUUCGUUCUCCCAAUCACGCACUCACAUUCAAACACCUGAACCCAUCCAACACCAAAAAUCUCACCAUCACUGAUCCCUGCUUUGGCCGCUAUGUUUAUAUCCACCAACUCCCUUCCCGCUUCAACAAUGACUUGCUUCACAAUUGCCACACCCUCACCAGAGGCACUGACAAACCCAACAUGUGCCCGUAUAUGCAAAACAUGGGUUUGGGUCCUGAAAUUGCCACCUCUCGAGGGGUUUUAACCAACGACACUUGGUAUGCCACCAACCAAUUCUUGCUGGAGGUCAUUUUCCACAACAGGAUGAGGAAAUAUGCCUGCUUGACCAACGAUUCCUCCCUCGCCUCUGCAAUCUUUGUCCCCUUUUAUGCCGGUCUUGACGUUAGCCGUUUCCUCUGGCUCUCUAAUCUCACAGACAGAGAUUCCUCCGGUCGAGAUCUUCUCCAAUGGCUCGCAAACCGACCCGAGUGGAAGAAAAUGUGGGGCAGAGACCAUUUCCUUAUUUCUGGGAGGAUUGCUUGGGAUUUUAGGAGACAGCGCGACCAGGAGUCUUAUUGGGGUAGCAAGUUCAGAUUUCUUCCCGAAUCCAUCAACAUGUCCAUGUUGGCAGUUGAAGCAAGUUCGUGGAAUAACGACUACGCAAUACCCUACCCAACUUCUUUCCAUCCCUCAGAGGACACUCAGGUUGUGCAAUGGCAGAGAAAAAUCAGACAUCAAAAGCGGGAGUACUUGUUUACUUUCACCGGAGCUCCAAGGCCCGAGCUUGAAGGUUCUAUCAGGGGUAAGAUCAUAGAGCAGUGUCGAGCUUCGAGUGUCUGCAAAUUCGUUGACUGCAGCUAUGGUGUAGAGAGAUGUGACGACCCGGUGAAUGUUAUAAAGGUGUUUCGAAGUUCCGUGUUCUGUUUGCAGCCUCCCGGUGACUCCUACACCAGAAGGUCCAUUUUUGAUUCUAUGUUGGCCGGUUGUAUUCCCGUUUUCUUUCAUCCGGGCAGUGCUUAUUCACAGUACAAGUGGCAUUUGCCUAAGAACAGGACAGGGUACUCUGUGUAUAUACCCGUGAAGGAUGUAAAAGAAUGGAAUGCAAGUGUGGAAGAGGUGUUGCUGGGAAUUCCAGAGAGUGAGGUGUUAGCAAUGAGGGAGGAGGUUAUAAAGGUGAUUCCAAAUAUUAUUUAUGCGGAUCCUAGGUCUAAGUUAGAUUUGUUUGAAGACGCGUUUGAUUUGGCAGUAAAAGGAAUGGUUGAAAGAAUAGAGAAGGUGAGAGAGGCAACGAGGAGAGGGAGAGAUCCCAGCAUUGGUUUUGCAGAUGAAGACCAUUAUAAGUAUACAUUUUCACAGAGUUAGAGCUAAAGGAAGAGGUGUAUUAUGUGGCAUGUGGUUUCAUGAUAUUAGUAAUGCCGGAAAAACACCAUUCGUAGUUAACAUGGAGAAUCUGGCAUCAUAAAAUUUUUGUUUUUGGGUGUUCUUGCUUUUUUAUGAUUGGCUUGUUACUUAUAACUUAGAAGUAGACAUUGUUAGUAAGUUGGUAUUUGAAAAGAAAAAUAUGCAUUUGACAAUAACAACAUAAGUACAUGUGUGUUGUAGCAUUUUAACCCUGUUUAUUAGUUACGGUGUGUGUCUGCUCUGAAACGAGUGUGCGCCGACAGUGAGUUUUACAUGUGAGUGGUGGUGUUGAAAGAAAAGGGCAUGGGAUGCAUGUGAAUGAGUGAGAGUGAUAAAAGAUAGGGCAUUGAAUUGACUGACUCCCCUAUUAUCGCCUGCAAUUAAGGCCCAUUACACGACUCUCGCUAAA